UACUUUCCGCGCCUGACUGGACAAAUGCGCAUCAUUUCACAUCGAAGCAGCAGGAGCGGAGGGAAAACGAGCUAAUGUCGACCAAGGAGCAGUUUGCAGCGAAGCGAAAAGAUAAACCGAUAUCAGAGAAAUACACUAUUUACAAAAUCAGUGAACUUAGAUUACUAUAGAUCAAUGGAUUGAUACUUAGUGACAUUUUCACUGGCGCCGUAAACAAACCUGAAAAGAAAACAAGUGGAGAAGAAACAGUGACAUCUGUGUGCAUAUAGGUAGAUCAUGGUUAAGGAAAGACACACUUGGUGGAUUUUGGAUCCUAAGGACAACCUUUUACACAUCAAUGUGGGUGGGUUGAGGCACACUCUAUGCGCAAGCAUUCUGAGGAAGUUUCCGGACACGCGUCUUGGCCAGCUCUUGUCCUGUGACUCAGAAGAUGAUAUUCUACAGCUCUGUGAUGACUUUGAUGUUCAACAGAAAGAGUUUUACUUUGACCGUAACCCUGGCCUUUUCCCUUAUGUCCUGCACUUCUACCAGACUGGCAAGCUGCACAUUAUGGAAGAGCUGUGCAUUUUCUCCUUCUCUCAGGAAAUAGAGUAUUGGGGAAUCAGUGAUUUUUUUCUGGACAGCUGUUGUAGUUACCGUUACCUUGAUCGUAAACUGGAGAGACAUCAUAAAAGCUGGGAUGAAGAGAGUGAUGUUAGCAGUGUGGAUACAUCUGUUGAUGAGAUUUCUGAUCUGAACAAAGAUAUCGAGCACUUCCAUGAAAUGCGUUUUGGAAACAUUCGGAAGUGUCUGUGGCUAACAUUAGAAAAUCCAGGUUAUUCAAUCCCUAGCAAACUUUUCAGCUUGCUUUCCAUUUGUGUGGUGUUAAUAUCAAUUGCCACCAUGUGUAUCAAUAGCAUUCCAGAGUACCAGAUAUUUGAUGAAAAUGGUAAUCCAACUGAAGACCCAACUAUGCAUGUUUUAGAAGUGUUCUGCAUCUGCUGGUUUACCUUUGAGGUAGUAACACGUAUGCUUCUUGCGCCAAACCAUCGUAAGUUCUUCCUGCUACCUCUAAACUUGAUUGAUAUCAUCUCAGUGAUGCCAAUUUACAUCACUAUCUUUUUUGAUCUGCUCAUUGGGAGUGAGUCAGAGCUGGACAACUUGGGAAAACUGGUCCAGGUGUUGCGGCUGAUGAGAAUCUUCAGGGUGCUGAAGCUGGCUAGGCAUUCAACAGGGUUAAGGUCACUAGGUGCUACACUACGGCACAGCUACAGAGAGGUUGGAAUCUUAUUACUGUACCUGGCAGUGGGUGUAUCAGUGUUUUCCGGAAUGGCUUACACUGCAGAAUAUGAAGAAGAUGUUGGUUUGGACACAAUCCCAGCAUGCUGGUGGUGGGGGACUGUUAGUAUGACAACAGUGGGAUAUGGAGAUGUAGUGCCAGUGACAGUGGCAGGAAAGCUGGCGGCAUCUGGCUGCAUCCUGAGUGGUACAUUAGUUGUGGCACUACCCAUCACCAUCAUUUUCAACAAAUUUUCACAUUUUUACCGCAAUCAAAAAGCUCUUGAGGAUUCAGUGAGAAACAGCAACAACAAGAGGCCUAUAAUAAGACAACAGAGUAACAGUGAAGACAGCACAAUACAUGGGCAUAGCCACUGUCUGGAGGAUGGAGAGAAGGAUGAAGAUGUGAAUUAUGAGAGAGGAGUUGUCAACUAUUGCUAUGAAGACCAUCCACUGACAAAUGACUCUAAUGUAUCCACUAUGCAAGAAAAGUCAUUAGAGUUGAAGUGUUCAACCAAUAUCAAACAUCAUAUCCUGACUGAAAAUAGAGAUGGGUGACAAAUUAAAGAAAAUCUGGGGGAUCCAUAGUUCUAUUAUGCUGUGGGGGGCAUUUUGCUGCCAUGGUUUGGGUCAACUUGUUCUCUUUGAGGCAAGAGUGUUUAUCAACAAGAAAGCUGCAUGCCUCCUUCUGAGGCUUUUAGACUAGAGUUAUCCUCAGCAUUAAACAACAGAAUGAGACAGUCUAGUAAGUCAGCAUGGCUGCAUCAUAAAGCUUUCCUCCCCUGCGGUCAAAACAUACUAUUAAAAAUUAAUUUGUGGGAAAAAUUAUAUGAACAAUCCUCAUAUUAUCUGACUUUACAUUAAUGCAAUACAGUGAACUGUGAGUUUUGCCUUUGUGUGUGUGUGUGUGUGUGUGUGUGUGUGUGUGUGUGUGUGUGUGUGUG